AUGAAGCGGCAGGGUGCCCCCGUCUUGACGUUCGUAGGUGGAGUGGCGCAGAGCAUCGAUGCGCUUGUGCAGAUCCUCGAGACAAACUUGAAGGUCUUAUCCCAGGAGGAGGAUGGCAGCAUUUCUGAGAACAUCUGCAGUGCAACCAACAUCUUGAGGGAGAAUGUUGGUCAGCUGCAGAAAGAGAUUGAGCGGUCGGCUGCAGGCCAAUCGGGUCGGAGCCGAAAAGUUCUGCAGCUUACAGGUCCAGAGGGUGCGCCCCCGGAGGUCGUCCAAACGGACAGGUCUGUAGCGGGCUGCUGGCAGCCGGGGCUCUGUGGGGUCGCACGCGAAGUGCCGGACUGGCGUGGCUCAGAGUACCGCAGCAACGACCCGGUUGCGUUGCAGGAAACCCCAGAGGAUCUUUACAACCUCCCGGAGCCGGCAGCAGUGUUGCAAGCUGCCCUGCCGGUAGAGUCGGAGGAACCUCCGCGGCCCGAGCUUAGGCUGGAGCCGAAACAGCUAGGAGAGCGGGAGCCUCAGGGCAACCUGGUUGUGCCGGUUCCUUCCGGGGGCAAUAACGUCGCCGCCGACCUCUUCGACGCGGGUGCCGGGGCCGUAAUGCCCACCAUAUCAGAGCGGCGCCAGCAUGACCCAACAGCGUCAGCUCGGCCGACAACGUCGUAUAGCAAGAUGCCGGACUUGGAUGAGAUGGAGCAGAACCAGGUGUUCGACAAGUACUUGUUGAACCCAAACUGGACAAGCAAGAUGUCGUGGGACUUCUUCGUGAUGUUUUUGGUGGUUCUGGACUCCAUCAUUCUGCCUUUCCAGCUGGCCUUCAAGUACGGCAUGCCAGAUGAUGGCUUUGACGUAGUCUGGUUCUAUGUCACGACCAUUGUCUUCUUUACAGAUGUAGGGCUUUCAUUCAACACGGCGAUUGAACGCAAGGACAGUCCGGGGACGUGGAUCCUUUCCCGCAAGCGAAUAGCGUGGCUGUAUCUGAAGGGUUGGUUUUCUAUUGACUUCUUCAGCACAGUGCCAUAUGGGAGACUGGCAGAAAGCAUCUUUGGUGAUAACGGUGGUGCCGGUGCCGUUCGUCUCCUGAAGAUGCUCAAAUUCUUGCGGAUCAUGCGGCUUAUGAAGAUGCUGCGCAUGUCGAAGCUGAAAGCUGUCUGGGAGAGAAUCGAGGUGCGAAUUGGCUCCAUUGCGAUUAUUCAAAGCAUCAUGCUCAUGAAAGUCCUUGCCUUUGUCAUUGCGAUGUGCCAUUGGAAUGCUUGCCUCUUUUGGGUCAUCGGCAGCACAGAUAGCAUUCUGGUAGACAUAAUGCCUGCUGAGAUGGCAGCGAACUUCCGAAGUUUGAACCAUUGGACGACGCUUCCCAGGAAAGAUGGCCCAUAUUCAGGUGACUGGACCUAUAUGCAGAAACCGAUGGAGGAACAGUACAUCUUUUGCUUUUAUUGGACGCUCGGGGUGAUGCGGACGAUGCCUGCGGAGGUAACCCCGGUGAACUUUCCGGAGCGGAUCUUUGUGCUGCUCUUCAUGUUCUUUGCGCUCUCCGCCUUUGCCGUAUCCGUUGCAUCGUUGACACAGGCCUACUUCAAGAUCUUUGAGCGGGGUCGCAGCUUCAACGACGAGAUGUUCUUUGUUCGGAUGUAUCUCAAUAGGUUUGAGGCAGCCAAGCCGCUGGAGCAGCGUGUCAAGGCCUUCUUGGCACACCUCUUCGAGCGCCGGCGCAUCUUAGCAAAAGAGACAAACCUCAUGGAGAAACUUCCGGACGUGCUGAAGAACGAGGUCCAGAACAUGCUGAUUUCUUUCCACUUGCAAAACCUCGACAUAAUCAAGGACUUAGGUAAGGGUGCCAUCCAGGAAAUAUGUGCGGCAUCCCACCUACAGGACCACAUGCCCGGCGUGGUGAUUUGCACCAUGGGGCAGGUCGCCGAGUAUGCGUGGAUCAAGUGUUCUGGUCGGCUACAGCUUCUGGAUGAGAACGGCGACAGAAUCAUGACCGCAGAAGGAGCAGGUCGAGCUGAGGCGCCGACGAUCGUUGAUCGGGAGACAUUGACCACGCCUGAGCCGUACAGAUCGCCGUUGACGAUCCAAACGGCCACGGUGUGCGAGCUGUUGCAGAUAAGCAAGGCUACGUUCCUAAAGUUCGCGGGUCAAGACCAAGCAGGGGCGACGAGGAUAUGGAGGAAGAAGUUCCAUGCUGCGAACACAGGAAUCAUCAAG